AUGGGCGAAGAAUCUCAGGCAGGCGACGGAAAAGUGGUACUAAAACGUAAAAUAACACUGUUCAAUGGUGUGGGCAUCAUUAUCGGAACUAUUAUCGGUUCUGGAAUUUUUAUUUCGCCAACUGGAGUUUUCCUUAAUACUGGAUCUGUAGCAGCAUCUUUAAUAAUAUGGUUGGUAUGCGGUCUCCUAUCAACGCUAGGAGCGUUGUGCUACGCAGAACUGGGAACUUCAAUCAUGCGGUCGGGAGGAGACUACGCAUACAUUUACUCUGCAUUCGGACCGCUACCAGCAUUUCUUAGACUGUGGAUUGCCCUGCUCAUCAUCAGACCAACCACGCAAGCCAUUGUAGCCCUAACAUUUGGACACUAUGUGGUCAAACCGUUCUUCCCUGAAUGCGACCCUCCACAGAAUGCCGUCCGAUUGUUGGCUGCAGUAUGCCUAUGUGUACUUACAGCCGUAAACUGCAUCAGUGUUCGCUGGACUAUGCGCAUUCAGGACGUGUUCACGUCUUCGAAGCUGCUGGCUCUAGUGGUCAUCAUCAUUUCUGGCAUCUACUACUUAUGUAUAGGUCACACAGAGAACUUCGAGAAACCGUUUGAUGGAGAAUACAGUGCUGGCAAGGUGGCGUUGGCCUUCUACUCUGGUCUGUUUGCCUUUGGUGGGUGGAACUACCUGAACUUUGUCACAGAGGAACUGCAAGAUCCUUAUAAGAACUUGCCGCGUGCCAUAUGGAUCGCAAUGCCAAUGGUGACAAUCAUAUACGUAAUGGCCAACAUGGCCUACUUCGCGGUCGUUUCUAAAGGCGAGAUGAUGUCCAAUCCUGCUGUCGCUGUGGUGUUCGGCGAUCGUUUGUUCGGCGGUUGGAGAUGGGUGAUCCCAGUUUUCGUGGCUCUAUCAACUUUCGGCGGUGUUAACGGCGUGCUGUUCACGUCGGCACGCUUGUUCGCCACUGGUGCGCAAGAGGGACAUAUGCCUGCCUUCUUCUCGCUCUUCCACAUCAAUAAACAGACCCCGAUACCUUCGCUUAUAUUCACGUGUUUGUUCUCUCUCCUUAUGUUGACAACGAGCAACGUAUUCGCUCUAAUCAACUACUUCUCGCAAACGCUUUGGUUGUCCGUCGGCGCGUCUGUGGUCGGAAUGUUGUGGCUGCGUCGGAAGAAACCCGAUAUCCCUCGUCCUAUAAAGGUGAACAUCGUUAUACCUUUAUUAUUCCUUAUCGCAAUCGCCUGCCUCGUCAUCAUUCCAGCCAUCACACAACCAAUAGAUACAGCCAUUGGAUUAGGCAUCCUUCUAUCAGGCAUACCCGUAUAUUACAUCUGCGUCAAAUGGCAAACAAAACCGGACUCCUACAAUGUAGUAUCCGCUCACACGCUGAGGUUCCUCCAGAAACUUUGCUCAUGUACCUAUGUCGAAUCAUUGGAGAAAAUGUCUUCGAAUUGA